UUAGUUGCCAUUCCGAGUGAGGAGUGGGUAGAAGCGGCGGCGGCGGCGGCGUUUGCGUUGGGGCGGACUCUGCGGAGCGCCAGGCACUUCGAGGCCCUUUUCCCCCACCCCUGUCCCCAGGAGCUGGGGUACCGGCCCUCUCUGCAGCUGCCGGUUCUUCGGCGCGUGAAGCCCCGCGAGGGCUGAGGAGAAGGCUGCGCGCGGCCCCCGGACUGCGUGAUUCGGGCAGUUGCCCUGUCAGCGCGAUGCCCGGGGCGGCGGCUGCGGCGGCGGCUCCGGGCUCCUAGCAGCCCCGGCUGUGACCGCCACGCGAAGCCCAGCUGGGCGGUUGGGGCCGUUGGACGUUUGUUUUCGCAGCCCUCCCCUCCCCCCUCUCCGAGGCGGCGGGGGUGUGCGUUGGAAGGGGGAGCCCAGAGACUCCUCCCCCUCCCCAUACCCCCGCCCCUCCCCCUUACUCGCACGCACUAUCGCGCCGGCUCCCACACGCUCGCGCGUCUCCAGCCGCGCGCCUCGGUGUCGGCCGGCGUCGUCCGGGGCCCGCGGACCCACCAUGUCCACUGCCUCCUCCUCCUCCAGUUCCUCUCAGACCCCUCAUCCCCCGCCGCAGAGGAUGCGGCGCAGCGCCGCGGGCUCCCCGCCUGCCGCCGCCGGGAGCGGGAACGGUGCGGGCGGCGGCGGCGUGGGCUGUGCCCCGGCUGCGGGACCCGGCCGGCUGCUGCAGCCCAUCCGCGCCACUGUGCCCUACCAGCUCCUGCGGGGCAGCCAGCACAGUCCUACGCGCCUGCCCGCCGCCGCCGCCGCCUCGCUGGGCAGCCUCCAGGGGCCCGGCGCGGCCCGCGGCCCCAGCCCGCCCAGCUCGACGCCGCCGCCGGCCGCAGCCCCGGCCGAACAGGCACCCCGGGCCAAGGGCCGCCCGAGACGGUCCCCUGAGAGUCACCGGAGGAGCAGCUCACCUGAGAGACGGAGCCCCGGCUCGCCCGUGUGCAGAGUGGACAGGCCAAAGUCUCAGCAAGUUCGAACAUCUAGUACAAUAAGGCGAACCUCUUCUCUGGAUACGAUAACAGGACCUUACCUCACAGGACAGUGGCCACGGGAUCCUCAUGUUCACUACCCCUCAUGCAUGAAAGAUAAAGCUACUCAGACACCUAGCUGUUGGGUAGAAGAGGGAGCAGAAAAAAAGUCACAUCAGCGUUCUGCAUCAUGGGGGAGUGCUGAUCAAUUAAAAGAGCAGAUUGCCAAACUGAGGCAGCAACUACAACGCAGCAAACAAAGUAGUCGGCACAGUAAGGAGAAAGAUCGCCAGUCACCUCUCCAUGGCAGUCAUAUAACAAUCAGUCACACUCAGGCUACUGGAUCAAGAUCAGUCCCUAUGCCACUUUCAAAUAUAUCAGUGCCAAAAUCAUCCAUUUCACGUGUGCCCUGCAAUGUAGAAGGAAUAAGUCCCGAAUUAGAAAAGGUAUUCAUUAAAGAAAAUAAUGGGAAGGAGGAAGUAUCCAAGCCAUUGGACAUACCAGAUGGUCGAAGAGCUCCGCUCCCUGCUCACUAUCGGAGCAGUAGUACUCGCAGCAUUGAUACUCAGACUCCUUCUGUCCAGGAGCGCAGCAGUAGCUGUAGCAGUCAUUCACCCUGCAUCUCCCCCUUUUGUCCCCCGGAAUCCCAGGAUGGUAGCCCCUGCUCAACAGAAGAUUUGCUCUAUGAUCGUGAUAAAGACAGUGGGAGUAGCUCACCGUUACCCAAGUAUGCCUCAUCUCCCAAACCAAACAACAGCUACAUGUUCAAACGAGAGCCCCCAGAGGGAUGUGAGCGAGUGAAGGUCUUUGAGGAAAUGGCGUCUCGUCCACCUGUCUCGGCCCCUCUCUUUUCAUGUCCUGACAAAAACAAGGUUAAUUUCAUCCCAACCGGAUCAGCUUUCUGUCCCGUAAAACUUCUAGGCCCUCUCUUACCUGCCUCUGAUCUGAUGCUCAAGAACUCUCCUAACUCUGGCCAGAGCUCAGCUCUGGCAGCUCUGACCGUUGAGCAGCUCUCAUCCCGGGUUUCCUUUACAUCUCUUUCUGAUGACACCAGCGCAGCAGGCUCCACAGAGGCCUCUGUUCAACAGCCAUCCCAGCAGCAGCAACAGCUCCUGCAGGAAUUGCAGGGUGAAGAACACAUCUCUGCUCAGAACUAUGUGAUCAUCUAAAACGAAGGGGGAGCUGGUCUCCACCAUAUUAUAUGUUCCAUGGAUUAGGAACAAGAUCUCAGACAUCUGUCUGCAUGGAGUGAUAAACUUUCUGAACACCACCACCAACAACAAAAUACUUAUCAGCCUAAUAAAGUAUCUCUUUAACACUGAUCUUGGCAGGGACGGAACUCCUAUUCAGCAGUUUUGUGGAAAGCAGUAAUGCUUGCAAAACAUGUGUCAUUUGGCAUUUUAAGUGGAGACUAUGCAUUUCAUAGUAUGUUUGACAGAUUAGUACUGUGUCCUGUAUUUUGUUCCAAAUUCUUCAGUAUAAAUAAGCUCUAUAUCAAAAAGUUGCCUGUCUAAAUAGAAAAUGUCUUGCUGUGUUUUGUCCUAUGGAAAAUACUGUACUUCAGGAUUAUGUUUACAAUUGAUCCAGGUGUUUGUUUCUAACUUCUUUAAUACAUACAAUGCAAAAAAAAAAAAAAAAAUGGCCACAACAGUUGCACAGUGCCCACCCUAUGGCCUAGCUUCAGGUACUUCAGUUGAAGUCUAAACUCAGGUAACUUGGAAUGUAUAAUCAUAUUGGGAUAUUAAAUAUUUCACAGCUACAAAGCUAAAGAGGGAACAUCACUCUUUUGCCUUUUCUUAUUUUAUGCGUUUCCCUUUCCUCAUUACAUUCCACAUUCUUAUUAGAAUAAAAAGUGCAUUCAACCCUAGGAGAAUGAUAAUCCUGGACAUGGGUGAACAUGAGGAGAACCAGCAAUCUGUGGUGUUUGACAUCACUUUCGUCAUGUGGUUACAAGUAAAACAACUGUUGUAUUCACUGUUUCAA